ACUGGGAACGGGUUGCCCGGGAAACGGCCGCAUGGCAACAGGAUCAGAGCCUGGGGGUUGUCUGCUUCUAGGUCUGCUCCCAUUUUACAUCGCAUUUCCUCACUAGAUGGUGUGCAAGCCACUGGAGAGUAGGCUCCACUUCCCCGCACAGUAGUGGGCUCUACAUCUAGCAAAACACAAACCUGGGAAACUACACGGCGGAGCGGUUCAGUACGGGCUCCGAGGAGGAAAAGUGUGGAAAUAAAGCCUCGCUCGCGACUAGCUUUUCUCUUUUUUUUGUCCCCCCCCUCCCCUUAAGCUAACCCUCGGCUCUUUUUUUUUUUUUUAGCAAGAAGAAGAAGAAGAAGACUUAGGAGAAGCGACAACAAAACCCCAGCUGUGAUGGACAUCAUGAUCGCGGUGCAGGAUGCUUGUGUGUCUGGUCAGUGGCUUACUGCGAUUAUUCUCAGCCUGUGCUGCUUUCUGCCGUCCUGUUUGCCCGCUGGACAAACUGUGGACUAUUCCUCGGUGGAAAGUGUGGUCAGCAGACAAGGCGACACGGCUCUACUGAGGUGCUAUCUAUUGGAUGGGAUCUCUAAAGGAGCCUGGCUGAACCGCUCAAGCAUCAUAUUUGCAGGGAAUGACAAGUGGUCUGUGGACCCGCGCGUGUCCAUCGUGUCCAGUGUUGGAGACAAACACGAGUACAGCCUCCAGAUACAGAGGGUGGAUGUAACCGAUGACGGCCAGUACACAUGUUCCAUUCAGAGUGAGCGCAACCCUCGGCCAAAGCUCCUCAACCUCAUUGUCAAAGUUCCUCCCAAGAUAUAUGACAUUUCUUCUGACAUCAAUGUAAAUGAGGGCAGCAACGUGUCACUCAUCUGUACAGCCAGUGGGAAACCUGAGCCAGCCAUUUCCUGGAGACACAUAACCCCAUUAGCCAGGAAGUAUGACAGCGGUGAAUAUCUUAACAUCACUGGUAUCACCAGGGACCAGGCUGGAGACUACGAAUGCAGCGCUAUAAAUGACAUCGCCUCUCCUGACACCAAAACAGUAAAAGUCACAGUCAACUUUGCACCAUCUAUCCAUGAGAUGAAAAGCCAUGGGGUUGGUCUGGGCCGCACAGCUCUGCUAAGAUGUGAGGCAGCUGCUGUGCCUUCUCCGACUUUUGAGUGGUACAAGGGGGAGAAACGGAUUAUCAAGGGUCAGGGCAUCGACAUCAAGAGCCUCAGCUCAAGAUCAGUCCUCACAGUGAACAACAUGACAGAGGAUCGUUACGGGAACUACACAUGUGUCGCCUCCAACAAGCUAGGGACAGCCAACGCCAGUGUGCCUCUCAUCCCGCCCAACACUGCACCCUAUGGGAGCACAGGGAGCGCCCCCGUCCCGCUGGCCUGCCAGUACCUGGUCCUGGCGCUCUCCUCCUUCAUCAGCGUGUACUAACAGUAGACAUCCCGGACACAAUGACUGUCAAGAGCAUUUAUGAAUCCUUUUUUGACAUUGCUGAUGGCUGGAGUCCAAUCUGGUACAGUUUGUUGAAAAGCCGUGAUGGGGAAAAAUGAUCAGCAUUACUUUGUGUGGGGAUUUGUUUUUGUUCUUUUUUUUGUUUGUUUUUUUGCGUUUUGGUGAAAUUUCUGUUAUGUAAAUACUAUGAUGUUUUUUUUAUG